GUCUGCCAGCCGCCAUGUUCUGCCGUGACGUCACCAAACAGGAAGUGAUCUCGUCGCUGCGGAGGCUCGCGGACACAAACGGCUCUUCUUCUUCUGCUCCUCUUCCUCCGCUCGGAACAUGGACGGGAAUCGGAGCUGCGUUCAGACAGCUGCUCUGCGAACAUGAGCUCCUCCCACCUGUCCACAGUGGAUGGCACUGAUAGGCUGUGUGUGUCUGAGCGUGCUCAGUGCGUCCCUUCUCGGGUCCUCCACCUGCGUCAGCUUCCUGCUGACGUCUCUGAACAGGACGUGCUCGCUCUAGCGCUUCCCUUCGGCCGAGUUAGUCAGCUGAUCACGCUGAAGGCCAAGAACCAGGCAUUCUUAGAGAUGGCAUCAGAGGAAGCAGCCGUUACCAUGGUGAACUACUACACCUCGGCCACGCCCACCGUCAGGAACCAGCCAAUCUUCAUUCAGUACUCCACCCACCACGAGCUCAAGACCGACAAUCUGACCAAUCAGAGAGCCAUCAGCGCAGCAGCAGUGCAUUGUGGGAGCAUGGCGUCCGGAGGGGAGGGGCGUGGCUUCACUCCGGGUCAGAGUCCCGUCCUGAGGAUCAUCGUCGAGAAUUUAUUUUACCCAGUGACUCUGGAGGUCCUGCAGCAGAUCUUCAGUAAGUUUGGCUCCGUGUUGAAGAUCAUCACCUUCACCAGGAAUAAUCAGUUUCAGGCUCUGCUGCAGUUCAGUGACGCCGUGCACGCUCAGCACGCCAAGGCUUCUCUGGACGGUCAGAACAUCUACAACAGCUGCUGCACGCUGAGGAUUGACUUCUCCAAACUGAGCGCGCUCAACGUCAAGUACAACAACGACAAGAGCCGCGACUUCACCAGAGCCGACCUGCCGACCGGCGAGCUGGAGCAGGCCGCCGCCUUCGGUGUAGCUCUGCCUCCAUACGGAGCAGCAGCGUUCCCGCCCACCUUCCAGCAUCACACAGGUGUCUCCAUGGCGACCGUCCCCAGCUCCCUGGUGUCUCCCCGGGUGUCCCUGCAGGUGGCUUCCCUGACCGUCCACUCGGUGCUGCUGGUGUCCAACCUGAACCCAGAGAGCGUCUCCCCUCACUGCCUCUUCAUCCUGUUCGGUGUUUAUGGAGACGUUCAAAGGGUGAAGAUCCUGUUCAACAAGAAGGAGAACGCUCUGGUCCAGAUGAGCGACGCCACUCAGGCUCAGCUUGCGAUGAGCCACCUGAACGGCCAGCGUCUCCAUGGUAACGUGAUCCGGGUGACGCUGUCCAAACACCCAGUGGUGCAGCUUCCUCGCAGGGUGGCGGGGCAGGAGGAGCAGGCACUGACCCGGGACUUCUCAGGCUCCGCCCUCCACCGCUUCAAGAAGCCCGGAUCCAAAAACUUCAACAACAUCUUCCCUCCGUCAGCCACGCUGCACCUGUCCAACAUCCCGUCCUCUGUCAGUGAGGAGGUGUUGAAGGAUUUAUUUUCUUCCGGUGGAUUCACAGUAAAAGCCUUCAAGUUUUUCCAGAAGGACAAGAAGAUGGCGCUGAUGCAGUUGGCGUCGGUGGAGGAGGCCAUCGAUGCGCUCGUCUCGCUGCACGACCACCAGCUGGACCACAACCAGCACCUCCGGGUGUCCUUCUCCAAGUCCACCAUCUGACCUCAGCGGCCCGCCGGCCAAUCACCGCAGGGCUUCUGAUUGGCCUGGGCAGAGGGAAGGACGGACCAAUGGGAGAGCCCCGACACACCUUCCAUCUUUCUGUGCCUACAAACGGCCCGACGUCACGGGGCGUUUGAUGUCACAGGCAGGGGUCAUUGCCACGGUUACAGAACACAUUCCUGAGCAUUGUGGGUAACGGAGUCCAGCAAGGAGCCGGCGAGAGUCCAAGUCAAAGACAGACAAAGUUUAUUUUGAUCUGAAGCGUUGUUCAUUGUGAGUGUUCAGCUGCCGUCUGAUUGGGUGGAUUUAUUUUUAUUAUUUUAGGGUUUAGCUGGUUGCCCUCUGAUUGGCUGGAUUUAUUUUUAUUAUUUUAGGGUUUAGCCGGCUGCCGUCUGAUUGGCUGGAUUUAUUUUUAUUAUUUUAGGGUUUAGCCGGUUCCUGUGCCUUAUUUUCUGGAUUCUUCUGCUGGGUUUGGGUUUUCUGUGAGGUUUCUUCAGCUGGUUCCGGAUAGUUUCUGUUUGUUCUGGAGGGUUUUUAUUGGUGAAUGUAUUUCUAUCGAUCAACAGGUAACGCCCUGGCCACCUGUCCUACCUGUGAGCACGUGUGUGUAUUUAUGUGUGUGUGUUAGGCUGCGCUGUGAUUGGUUGAGCUUCGAAAUGUCCCGCCUUCUUUUUACUCUAGUAAAACUAUUUAAUUCA